AUGCUGAGCAUGUGGACUAUCACAUUCCUACUGCUGGGAGCAGCCAGUGGAAAAGAAGUUUGCUAUGAUGAACUCGGGUGCUUUUCUGAUGAGGAGCCUUGGGCAGGGACUGCAAUCCGACCCCUGAAAAUCCUCCCUUGGAGCCCUGAGAAGAUUGGCACCCGCUUCCUGCUCUACACCAAUGAAAACCCAAACACCUUUCAAACUCUCCUUCUCUCUGAUCCAUCCACGAUCGAGGCAUCAAAUUUUCAAACAAACAGGAAGACCCGCUUCAUCAUCCACGGAUUCAUAGACAAGGGAGAUGAUGGCUGGCUGCUGAACAUGUGUAAGAACAUGUUCCAGGUGGAGGAGGUGAACUGCAUCUGUGUGGAUUGGAAGAAGGGCUCCCAAACCACAUACACACAGGCCGCCAACAAUGUGAGGGUGGUGGGUGCGCAGGUGGCCCAGAUGCUCAGCAUUCUCAAGACCAACUACAACUACUCGCCUUCUGAAGUCCAUCUCAUUGGCCACAGCCUGGGAGCUCACGUGGCCGGAGAGGCUGGCAGCAGGACCCCGGGCCUGGGCAGGAUUACGGCAUUGGAUCCCGUAGAAGCCAGUUUCGAGGGCACUCCUGAAGAGGUUCGCCUGGACCCCUCCGAUGCACUCUUCGUCGAUGUGAUUCACACAGAUGGAUCUCCCUUGAUCCCGUUCUUGGGUUUUGGAACAAACCAGCAGGUGGGCCACAUUGACUUUUACCCCAACGGAGGGGAGAACAUGCCAGGAUGCAAGAAGAAUGCCCUGUCGCAGAUCGUGGAUCUAGAUGGCAUCUGGGCAGGAACCCGGGACUUUGUGGCUUGCAAUCACCUAAGAAGCUACAAGUACUACUCAGAGAGCAUUCUGAACCCGGAUGGAUUCGCUGCAUACCCUUGUGCUUCCUACAGGGAUUUUAAAGCCAACAAGUGCUUCCCCUGUCCGGAAGAAGGGUGCCCGCAGAUGGGUCACUACGCUGAUAAGUUUGCUGGCAAGACAAGUGCUGAGCCCCAGAAGUUCUUCCUGAACACGGGAGAAUCCAGCAAUUUUGCUCGCUGGAGAUAUGGGGUUUCCAUCACAGUGUCCGGGAGAACAGCCACCGGUCAGAUCAAAGUUGCUCUGUUUGGAAACAAGGGAAACACUCACCAGUUCGACGUCUUCAAGGGAGUCAUCUUGCCAGGCACAACCCACUCCACUGAGUUUGAUGCAGAGCUUGAUGUUGGAACAAUCGAGAAAGUCAAGUUUCUCUGGAAUAACCACGUGAUCAACCCAACCCUUCCCAAAGUGGGUGCAGCCAAGAUCACCGUGCAGAAGGGAGAGGAGAAGACAGUGUACAACUUCUGUAGCGAACAAACUGUGAGAGAAGAUGUCCUGCUCACUCUCACGCCCUGUUAA